AUGGAAGUAUACAUCGACGACAUGUUAGUCAAAUCACUCAAGGAGGAAGACCACGUCGCGCAUCUACGGGGAUACUUCGAACAAUUGAACAAGCACAACAUGAAACUAAACCCGGCAAAGUGCAGGUUCGCGGUCACCUCGGGAGAAUUCCUCGGCUAUCUGGUAACUCACCGAGGCAUAGAAGCAAAUCCCAAGCAGAUCAAAGCUUUGAUUGAGAUGCCCUCUCCGAGGACGAAGCGCGAAGUGCAGAGGCUCACAGGAAGAGUCGCCGCGCUAAACAGAUUUGAGUGGGACGAACGAUGCGAGACAGCUUUCCAGGAAUUGAAGAAUUAUCUGGCGAGCCCACCAAUCUUAGCAAAACCAGUCGAAGGAGAGCCACUCUUCCUCUACAUCGCAGUGUCUGCUACAGCUGUAAGCGGAGUGCUUAUCAGAGAAGAACGAUCCGAGCAAAAGCCCAUUUUCUACAUCAGCCAGACAUUAACCAACGCCAAGACUCGAUACCCCCAGAUCGAGAAGGUUGCCCUAGCCGUCGUAGUCUCGGCUCGGAAACUACGCCCGUACUUUCAAUCACAUUCGAUUGUUGUGUUCACUACGCUUCCCCUGCGCUCGAUCCUACACAGCCCUAGCCAAUCCGGUCGGCUCGCCAAGUGGGCAAUAGAGCUAAGCGAAUACGACAUCGAGUAUCGGAACAGGUCGUCUGCAAAGUCACAAGUGCUCGCAGAUUUCCUCAUUGAACUUCCCGUCGACGGCUCGUCGUCCAAACACGGCUCGGGAAUAGGAAUCCGCCUCACCUCUCCCACCGGAGAAAUAUUGGAGCAGUCUUUUCGCCUGAACUUCCACGCCUCGAACAACGAAGCGGAAUAUGAAGCAUUGUUCGCCGGCAUACGACUAGCGCAGGAAAUUGGAGUUCGAAAGAUAAGAACCUUUUGCGAUUCACAGCUCGUAGCAUGUCAGUUCAACGGAGAAUACGAGGCGAAGGACGGACAAAUGGGAGCUUACCUCAAAGUGGUCCGAGAGUUGGUGCAAAAAUUCGAUGAGUUCGAACUCACUCGUAUCCCCCGAGGAGAAAACACCUCGGCCGACGCAUUGGCAGCACUCGCUUCGACCUCAGACCCAGACCUCCGGCGAACGAUCCCAGUCGAAUUCAUCGAACGUCCUAGCAUCGAAGAGGUGGAAGGAGUUCGGCUGAUAAAUCCUCCUGAACAAGAACCAGAGGACGACGAAGCCGUUCCUAUGGACGAAGACGCCUCGCCGGCCGAGCCGGAGUACGGCUGCGACAAGGAAUGGCUCGGAGCUAUCCGAAUGUAUAUCGCCGAUGGAGAGACGCCAACCGACAAAUGGGAAGCCCGCAAACUAAAAGCUCAGGCCGCGCGGUAUGUCCUCGUCGAUGGCGAGGUGUUUAAGUGGAGAUUUUUAGGGCCUCUCAUGACAUGCGUCGAAGGACCGGAGGCAAGAAAGAUCAUGCACGAGGUGCACAGCGGUGCGUGCGGGAACCAUUCCAGCGGAAGGUCGCUCGCUAUCAAGAUUAAACUGCACGGCUACUUCUGGCCCACGAUGGUCAAGGACUGCGAGAAAUUAACGGCGAAGUGCGAGAAAUGUCAGCGGCACGCUCCAACAAUUCAUCAACCUACCGAGUUACUCUCGUCAAUUUCGUCACCUUAUCCGUUUAUGAGAUGGUCGAUGGACAUCGCUCGAAGCAGAAACGUUUUCUGCUCGUCCUCACGGAUUACUUCUCCAAGUGGGUCAAGGCCGACUCUUACGCAAGCACAAAGGAUGUUCAAGUCGAACACUUCGUCUGGAAAAUAUAAUCUGCCGCCACGGGGUCCCUUACGAGAUAGUCACCGACAACGGAUCCCAGUUCAUCUCAACACGCUUCGAAGCCUUCUGCGAAAAGUGGAAAAUCCGCCUCAGCAAAUCUACGCCAAGAUACCCUCAAGGGAACGGACAAGCCGAAGCAGCCAAUAA